UCCUUGCACUUUCUAAACACAGAUGACUGGUUCCUGGCUGGUCAGACGAUUGAAGGAACAGGAGCCUGACUGCUGGAAGCCAGCCUGCCGAAAACUCAGACCCAUCUGCUCAAGAAGACACAAGAGUCCUGCAGAUUUUAGCUCCUUCUGGAUCUGAAUGUCCCUCUGAGCCGCAGUGAGCUGAUCAGAACCCACUGAAGGAAAUGCUGCUGAAUGUGCUGAGUUCACCCCUGCUGAUACAGAGCAGCGCUCACUGUGGAGCCAGCACCUCUCAGCCUCUCUGUCCUUCCUGUUUGUGCUGCAGCUGCAGAGUCAGUCGGUGUCAGUGUUUGGGUGUGACCAGAGGCUGAUGCAGGAUCUGCUCCCAGCUUCCCUCAGUCCUCCGGACACAUGACCCACAGAGACGGACGGAGCAGAGCCGGACCAGCAGCAGAACCACGUCUGAGAUGGAGAUGUCAGCCCCUCCUGGAGCUUCGGCGAUGCCCGGCCGCCAGCGGCAGCAGCAGCAGCGCUCCAACACGACGAAGAGGAGGAGGUGGGGAGGUCUGAGGCAGCAGUGGAAACUUCUGGGUCUCUUUGAGAUCGACCAGAAGCACGAGUUCUACAGCCUGACCUGCAUGAUGAAGGGGGGCUUGGCUGCAGCCAUCCAGACCACCGUCGACAACCCGCCGACGAAGGACCUUUCAGAGGAGGAUUUCAGGUCGGAGGUCACACAGGUCCAUAAGGAGUUCACGCUGGAGACGUUUGCAGGCCCGGUGUUCGCCAACCUGCGGGGAUCCUUAGGAAUAACAGAGGAGGAAUAUCAGCAAUCUCUGUGCUCCGAAAGCUGCUACCUCCAAUUUAUCAGCAACUCGAAGAGCAAAGCAGACUUUUUCCUCACAAAUGAUAAACGUUUCUUCCUGAAGACUCAAAACAAACGGGAGAUAAAAUUCCUUCUGGCCAACCUGAAGAUCUACAUGGAGCAUCUGAGGAAUUACCCACAUUCACUGCUGGUCAAGCUCUUAGGGGUUCACAGGAUCCGAAUCCCGCGCAGUCGGAAGAAAUACUUCAUGGUGAUGCAAAGCGUGUUUUAUCCAGAUGAUCGCAUCAACGCCAGAUACGACAUUAAGGGCUGUGAAGUGAGUCGCUGGACCGAACCGGCACCAGAGGGGAGCCAGAUCAUCGUGGUCCUCAAAGACCUCAACUUUGAAGGACAGUUCAUCAGUCUGGAGCAGCAGCGUUCUUGGCUCAUCCAGCAGGUGGAGAUCGACACAAACUUCCUUCAGAGGCUCAACGUGUUGGACUACAGCCUCCUGCUGGCCCAUCAGCCUUUACACCAAGACGAACGCAACCAGAGCCUGUCCUUCGCUUCCCUCAUCGUCAGGACCAAAAAGUCUGUGAAUCCAGGGUCCAGCCCCAUACCUACCAGCGUAGUCAGAGUUCCAGGAUCGGUACCAGAUGAUGAUGCUACAAGAAUGUUAUCUGAAUCGGACUCUGGCUUAAAGAUGUCACGCAGCGGCAGCUUCUCCCCGACCUCUCAGGAGCACGUUGGCUCUGGAGCGGACACACCAGAGAUUCCAGACUUCAAGGCUCAAAACCGACGCCUUCUGCCAAACCUGAAGAACCCGUUACACAUUAUAGAUGGACCUGAGCAGCGCUACUUCAUCGGCAUCAUUGACAUUUUCACAGUUUACAGCUUUAAGAAAAGGCUGGAGCAUCUGUGGAAGAGUCUGAGACAUCCUGGGAGGUCCUUCUCCACCGUCAGUCCUCAAACAUACUGUCUCCGGCUCUGUCAGUGGGUCCAAGACCACGCCAAGUAACAGACAUCAGGAUGACGACUGAUUUUACAGGUCCAAAAGAUCACAAGCAUAUAGCAUGCUCAUGAUUGGGUCUAUACAUCCCAGAAGGUCUUUAAAUGAGAUAAAACCACCAUCAGAGAUACUAAAAAAUAAAUAGGUCCCUGUAUUUUUGUAAUUGUGCAAGAAGUAAACCAUAGUAAUGCAUCAAGAAAGAAAGCCAGGCAGGCUCUGCUGAUGAGCUGCAUUGGUUAAUAAAGAGAAAUUAGCAAGAAUCUCAGAGCAGCAACUAGUUUGGUUGUUUUGGCAACGCUGAAUCUCAUUGAAGAAGAGGGUUCUGGUACCGGUUCCUCUGGACAGAUCCGACCAAAGCAGAGACAAUUGACCAUGAUUGACAGAAUCCAAACCAAACCCGCUGUUCUGUCAGAUCACAAUACCCUGUUAGAAGGCAAGGCAAGGCAAAUUUAUUUGUAUAGCACAAUUCAGUACAAAGACAAUGCAAAGUGCUUUACAUGAUU